AUGCAAAUGCCGGAUUUUAACAUCGAAGAUAUUUUAGAUGAUGAACCAGGACCCUCUACAAGGCAGACAAUCCCCCCGACAACACAUCACAAUGAAGAUUUGUCUUCCGACUCGUCUCAGUCAUCUGCAAACGAGCGUUUGGGCAGAGGACACCGACAGCGAAGGGCCCCUAGGUGUGGAACUGGGGGUCAUCUUCGAUGA